CGCCCCGAGGGGUCUGCGCAGGCGCUGUCCCGGCCAGCUGCGCGUUUGUCGGCGGUCAGCUGCACCCUCUGUGUUACCGUGCGACCUUCUGACUCCGCUGGCCUCACCGCAAUGGCGGCUCUGAGGGCCGUGGUGGCCUCGAGGCUCGCUGCGGUAGCUGCAUUCGCAUCGCUGUCCCCCGGCAGUCGGACGCCUUCCCUGUGCGCAGCCCUUCACCGCUCCGCGCCGCGCCCCGGGGCCAGGGUCGCGCUGGUGCUGUCUGGAUGCGGAGUCUUCGAUGGGACCGAGAUCCACGAGGCCUCUGCGAUCCUGGUGCACCUGAGCCGUGGAGGCGCCGAGGUCCAGAUCUUUGCUCCUGACGUCCCUCAGAUGCACGUGAUUGACCACACCAAGGGGCAGCCCUCGGAAGGCGAGAGCAGGAAUGUUUUGACCGAGUCUGCAAGGAUUGCCCGUGGCAAGAUCACAGACCUGGCCAAGCUCAGUGCAGCCAACCAUGAUGCCGCCAUCUUUCCAGGAGGCUUUGGAGCGGCCAAAAACCUGAGCACAUUCGCCGUGGACGGGAAAGAUUGCAAGGUCAAUAAGGACGUGGAGCGUGUUCUGAAGGAGUUCCACCAGGCUGGGAAGCCCAUCGGCUUGUGCUGCAUCGCACCUGUCCUCGCGGCCAAGGUGCUCAGAGGCGUUGAGGUCACCGUGGGCCACGAGCAGGAGGAAGGCGGCAAGUGGCCCUACGCCGGGACCGCGGAGGCCAUCAAGGCCCUGGGUGCCAAGCACUGCGUGAAGGGAGUGGCCGAAGCUCAUGUGGACCAGAAAAACAAGGUGGUCACGACCCCGGCCUUCAUGUGUGAGACAGCACUCCACCACAUCCACGAUGGCAUCGGGGCCAUGGUGAGGAAGGUGCUGGAACUCUCCGGAAAGUGACUCGCAGGACGAGGCCCAGCUUGGCGCCUGGACUCGGCCUCACCCCCGGCCGAGGAGCUGUGUCUGCCUUCCAUCCAGCUGGGGGCUGUCAGCCCCUUUUCUCCUGAAACCUGCAGGCGCGCUCUCUGUAAGGAGGGCGCAGCGCAGUGGACGGGGGCGCUUCACCCUGGCGUGGCUGCGCUGCUCUCACGUUGAGGGGGGCCAGGGGUGAUUCGUUCUCUGCCACGGGGACUCGCCUGUGUCCCCAAAACAAAGCGCAGCCAGCUUUUCUAGAAAUAGAGAAUUCCCUGUCUGAGGUUUUACAGCUCAGGUUACUCAGGGUUUGGAAGGAAGAACGUGUUUAGGUUUGCAAGUCUUCUCAUCAGGAAGCCAGAAGUACCACACUGAUGGGCCGUUAAAGGUCGAUUCUCUAGUCUGGAGUGGCUUUUGAGUUAAUCAGUGUACGUGGUUUCUAAAGCAGGCAAACCCUGCAGCCGCAGCGAAUAAACACCUUCCCUAAAUGGAAACCUCCCACAGCUGCGUUUCAGGCCUGCUGAGACUGCUGUGUGAGGAGGGGCAGUGAGGUUUCUUCAAUGAGUCUCAGUUCUCUUAAUUUGCAGGAAGAAAGGGAAAUUGCAGCUCCUCAGCCCCCGAGAUUGACCUUGGGGAGUGACCGUAGCAUAGGUCCCAGGCCGCGGGGUUCAGGAGUGGCAGAAGCUUGCAGACGUCCAAAGGGAAAUAAAGUGCAUUGCAUUGGA